GCCUGAGAAAUGAGAGAGAGAGAGAGAUAGAGGGAGGAGGGUACUGAGCUGAGAGAAAUCUGUACGAUUCAAACACACUGCUCUCUCUGUGAGUGUCUGUGUGUGUGAGUGUGAAAAAGAGAGAGAGAGAGAGAGAGAGGGAGGGAUGACAGGAGAGGAGGAGAGCUGAGGAACAGAUAGAAAGAGACAGCAGAGGACCACAAAGUGAGGCCAGUUCACCUUAUGGAUCAGCAUCCACGCCUGAAACUUAAAGGAUUCCACGAGUGCAUCGACCUGACCGUUGUCCCCGCGGAGCUCAGCCGGGCAACACUGACGCUGAUGCCCUGCACGCGGCAGUAGAGCAGCGAAGGACCAAGGGGGUCAGGGGUUAAAAAGGUCACAGAGGGACAGAGCCGGAGCAGGGGGCGAGGUCGAAAGGUCUGCGGAAAGGGAGGCUACGAGGGGGACCGGGACAUCGGGGAAGAAGGUCUCAGUGACAGGCGACAAUCGAGGGGGGGUCGAAGAUGAUGACAUCACAUGUAAAGCUGAGGAGGGAGAAGGGCAGCCUGGCCGAGUACGAAUCGCAGAUGAAAGACCUGCGGGCCCAGCUGACAGACCAGAUAAAGAUUUUAGACUCUCAGGUGGAGGUGAAACAGCAGCAGCUCUCAGACCUCUCUGAGUUUCUCCGGCGCCGAGGCGACAUCGAGGCGGAAUACGCCCGCGCCCUUGACAAACUCACUGAGAGAUUCACCCCCAAGACUAAGAAGAAGGAGCAGUGGGGUCAGUCGGUGUGUCAGGUCUGGUCUGUUCUGCUGUCUCAGACUCGUCUGGAGAGCCGGGAACAUGCAGCGCUGGGUGACACCUGCUGCAACACACUCACACAGCGGUUGGCUCACAGCACGGAGGAUACACACCGUCUGCACAAACGGAGCAAAGAGGUUGGCAUCCAGAUGCAGGAUGAGCUGCUGAAGGUCACCACUGAAAUGCAGACGGCCCUGAAGACGUACAACCAGUACCACACGGACUGUCUGAUAGCCGAGGGGAAGCUGAAGGAAGCCGAGCGGCUGGAGGAGAGACACACCGGCAAGUCAGCCGAGCUCGGGCCCGGCCAAUCAGGAGGGCAGAGGCGAAGCUCCGUCAAGAAGAUGGAGAGAUUGAUGGAGAAAAGGCACGGCAGAGUGCAGGAGAACCAGCUGAAGUGCACAAAGGCUCGUAACGACUACCUGCUGAAUCUAGCGGCAGCCAACGCGGCCAUGAACAAGUACUACCUGCAGGACAUCAGCACACUCAUCGACUGCUGCGACCUGGGUUUCCAUCUGUCCGUGGAGAGGGUGAUGAAGUGCUUCCUGGCCAGCAAGGGGCGCAUCCAGAAGACCGAGGAGACGGGUCUCAAGCAGCUGGAGGCUGCCGUGACGUCCCUGGACCAGGGCGGAGACCGAGAUGCGUUGCUGCAGCAACACGACGCCGCCUUCUGUCUGCCGUUCAGAUUCAGCUACCAUCCGCACGAGGGAGACCAGGUGUGCGAGGUGAGUGCGGAGAGCCAGGUGAGGUACGAGCUGGAGACCAGGUACCAGCAGCUUCAGUCUCGGCUCGCCUCCGUUACCUUGGAAACUGAAGAGGUCAGUAAAACGCUUAAAGCCACACUCGCAGCCCUGCUGGAGAAUAUGUGUGAAAGCGACUGUAACCCCUCCCCCGACGUGCUCAGCAGCCUAUCGCAUGAGCCGCCUGGAGGAAACACCGCCCAAAAACUAACCCUCGCCAAGCGUCGAGCCAAUCAGCAGGAGACAGAGACCUACUACUUCACAAAAGUGAAAGACUUCCUCAUCAGCAGUUCUCUGACCUUCAAACUUCAAGCCAAACACGACCUUCUACAAGAGGCCAUACAGAAAGCCGAGGCUGUCGACAGUGACCCCUCCAGAAUGCAAUGUGCUCGGUCAGUGCGCAUUCGGAAGUCCAGACCUGUUUCCCAAUUCUGCCACACACUCUUCACCACAGACAUACUCUCCUACAUACAGAGCUCCGGGCAGCAGAUUCCUGUGGUGGUUGAGAGCUGCAUCCGUUUCAUCAACCUUCACGGCCUCCACCAUGAAGGGAUAUUCAGAGUUCCUGGUUCACAGAGGGAGGUUAACCACAUCAGAGAUGCAUUUGAGAGAGGAGAGGACCCUCUGUCGGACAGUGAGUGCGACCUGGACUCUGUGGCCGGUGUGUUGAAGCUUUACUUCAGGGGCCUUGAGCCUCCUCUCUUCCCUUAUGACUGCUACUCUCAGCUGCUGGAGUGUGUCCAAAUCGAGGGGGUGACGGAGAAAGACGCCCAGAUUAAAGCGAUCAUCUCCACCUUCCCGCGGCCUCUCCUCAUCGUGAUGCGAUACCUUUUUGCUUUCCUCAAUCAUGUGUCUCAGUACAGCGACGAAAACAUGAUGCAGCCCUACAACCUGGCCGUUUGCUUCGGCCCGAGCCUGGUGAGGGGGCUGGAAUCCGACGACGCCGUUGCCAGGCAGCCGCAGGUCAACGAUCUCGUCAAAACCAUGAUCCUCCAGCAUGACGUCAUCUACCCAAGCCAAUCAGAGCUGCCGGGCCCCGUCUACGAGAAGCACAUGACCCUGGAGCAGGAGUACUGUGAACCAAUCACAGAGGAGGGAGAAGGAGAGACCGAGCAUCUGCCCAGUGAGGACGAGUGGGAGGCGGUGGCUAUGUUUGACUACACGGCGAGAUCUCCAGCAGAGCUGUCCUUCAAGCAAGGGGAGCUUCUCAUCCUUCACAGCAAGGCCUCCUGUGAUUGGUGGAGGGGCGAAGUGGGAGGAGCUAAGGGUCUCAUCCCUCACAAGUACAUCAGCUUGCUGGAAGGAUCAGAGCGAGGAAAAAGAGAGGACGGAGGAGGCGGAGGCAGCACUGGAAACCUGACAGCAGACGAUUCACAGACGGAGAACACAACCCGGAUGCGGGUGAACAGCGACAGCGCUUCGUUGCCUGGGAGACAAAGAGGAAGUGAGGGGAGCCCCAGUCGAAAGCCGCCAACCUCUCCCGCCUCACGAAACCUGCCAGUGUCUCAAGAGAGAAGACACACUUUGGACACUGUGAGACAGGUCGGCUUCAGACCCCCAGACAGACCUCCGUUUGUCCAGGCAGACAGACCGGCAGUCGACAAGGAAGUGAUCAGCCGUCAGAUGAACUCAGUGUUCAAGGAGCUCCUGUCUCGCCAGCCUGCCAUGCCGCCGUCCGCCCUUCCCAUCCCUGCCGCCCCUGCUCCCUCCUCCUCCUCCUCCUCCUCCUCCUCUCUUCCUCAAGCUGCCCCUGCUGCCAAAAAAGUAGGAUUUGGCAUCAGAGGACGGGCCCUUUUCAGGCCAGUGGACUGAGAGAGGAAAGAGGUUGGAGUUGCUGAGUCAUUGUUUAACGUUGAUUGAUUAUGCUGAUGCAGAUGAUACAUUUGGUGAAGAUCUUGAUUUAUUUUUUAUUGACACGUGUAUGAUAUUUGCGUCUCUGCCAUCUCAUAGUGCCACUAGUCUCGGUGCCGUGUUACUGUGCGUCCAGUGUGUCUGUUUACCAGCUGGUUUUAUGUUCCGGUUCUGCUUUUGUGAUUUUUUUUUUU